AUGGGGAAAGCCGCUGCUCGCGAUCCGAGCCCGAGCCCGAGAAGCAGCAUCGAUUCAAAUGCAUCCCGUCUUCUAGAGAGACCUAGGAGAAAGUCCCUAGAAGAAUCACAAGUGCUUUCAGAACCGGGACCUCUAUUGUCCAACCUAUCUGAGUCGACUUCUUUACCAUCGCUUCCUGUGUUUGAUUCAAGCCGCCAUUCCGAUCCUAUCGAAGGCUUCUUCGGUUUAUCCACGCCAGUUUUCUCACUUGCAUUUUCAAUAUACACCCUCUUCGCCUUCCCAGAGUGGUCAAAAAGAUGGUGGAUAUCUGGAGUUCCACUUCUCUGCUUCUUGAUCCUUUAUGGAGCUUCCAUAUCUAAACUCCCAAAUACUCACCCUACCCAAAGGCUACCAUACGUCGUCGGAAUAUUAAUCGUCUACCUCAUUUUCUCAACUUCGUGGCUAGCUCACUAUGCUCUCACAAUAAUAACAUGGCCUGUUGUCGCGAUCCUGGCAACCGCAAACUUUACUUUUCUCCAAACUGUUGUUCGCCGGUCGAUGCGACGUUUAGGGAGGGACAUGCAUUACUUUCAAAAUAAAAUAGCUUGUUUUGACCUCCCUGCACUUGAUAUCGACGUUCGGGCAAAUGGUAUGAUGGUUAUCGAAGGCCUUACAUUCACUGUCAGCACUUUUACACUUGAAGCUCAUAGCAUCGAAGUCGUCUUGAAAGUCGAUGACGGUCUGGAAGUCUGCCUUCGUGCUGAAAAGGCUAUAACAAGACUGGGUCGCUGCGUGGAAAUUGGUGAUGUGUACGUCACUCUUAAAACCGAGAUGGAUACCGGCCCUGGCAGCGUAUUUGCUAUAAGACGCUCCAAUACAUUCGAUACAUUAAAAGAAUCAAAACGUCCUGAACAGCUGCAGCCUAAAUCUCUGGGCGAUACUAUCGAAAAAGUCAAAGACGUCACCGAUACCCACUAUCUUGACGAAGACGAGUCGUACGCUAUUCAAGAGUACUCCAGGCGUCUAAACCACAUUCACGAGAAUACUGCCAUCCAUGCGGCACGGAAACGGCUCCUUACAUCUACAGACGACAAAUAUUCUCGUUUGACAGUUAAAGAGAAAAAGGCUAUGAUUGCAUCGGAACUUCAAACGGCUGCCUCGAUUACACAUCCACCAACAUGGUCCAUCGCUGUUUCUCAGCUAAAAGCUCGCACCCCAGCCUGGAUACAUGAAUUCAACAACAGAUUCCCAGUUUUCCAACGUACAAUGCUCAACGUGAUUGCUCAUUUACACCCAGUUAAAUGUAAUGGUGUGAUUGGGAACCUGACCGGCCUCUUCGCCUCCGGGAUGCUGGAACAGGCAGUCUUUAAACACUACAAGAACGAAAACAAGGAAAUAUCAAAACUGGCAUCUCGAGUCCAAACAUGGCUUGAGACAGGCAACUUUGUGGUCCAGGUUAGCAAGAUCAACGGGGUUGCUCAGGUACCCAGUACCGUUAGCUAUGAUAUCUUAGCAUCGAUCAAGACAAGUACAGUCCAAAUUUUCAAAGUGCUUGUUGCGCCAGAGAUUUCGGAUCCAUUACUAGACGGAGAUGACGCUAUUAGUGUGGAGUCAGCGGCGAGUAAUGUGUCGAAUAGUUCGGGGAAGUCUGGGGUAUCCUUCACAAUUAAGGAUAAAGCGGGGCUCAAACAGGAAGAGGAUAAGGGGAUUAGUGAAGUGGCAAGGAUUACUGGAUUAUCAGCGACCGUCGAAGUCCCAAGCUUGUUGCUCCCUCAUCACGAGUAUCUAUUCCCUCCCCCGCCAGCAUCAAAAGGGAGUUAUGGAAGGGUUUUGGCGAAAGUCGAAGAGGAUGUUACAGUUUUUGGAGAAGAAGACGAUCGGUUGGAAGGAGAUGUACUAGUAGAUGACUUUGAUGGUAGGAAGACAGCGGCGGGUGUGGCGGAUUCCGAAAAAAAAGACGAGGUUUAUGUCAUUGCGACUGUUUUGGCGAGUCUGCCAGCGCAAUUUAACAGCACCACUUUACAUUUUGUGACAGCGUUGUUGAAGGCUAGUAAGCUAAUUGAGAUUGAGAAGGGCGUCCCGUUUCUUGGGAAAGAUAAUUUUAAUGGGAUGGAUGGAGGCGAAGAGGAUGAGGGAGGCACAUCAGCGACUCCUACAAGGUCAAGAAGCCUUUCAAAGAUGGGGACUAAAAUUAACAAGGUGAUGAAGAGGACAUUUACUGGGGCAGUAGACGAUGCUUGGAUUGCUAGGUUACUAGGAAGAUUGGUGGGAAAGGUAGAAAACUUGAAAGGAGAGGUAGGAUAUAAAAUGCCUAUUGCGGUAGAUCUGGGGCCCAGAAGGCUGCAAGGAUUGGGGCCGAAGGGGACAGCUGUGGAUUAUGGAUUGUUUGGGAAGCAAGAAAUUAGAGAGCUAUGGCCGGACGAUAAUCCGUUCAGGAAGAAUUGUUAG